AUAUUAGAUCAUUUUUUUUUUUGGUCGGAAUCUAUAUUAGAUCAUUUAGCACUCAAAAGGGUUUUUAAUUUAAAUAUUUUCUUAGGUAUGUUCUAGUUGAUCCCAAGGAAAACGAAGAUGACUUGCGUUUGUACCUCUGCGUUCACAAUUCUAAAUCGCUUAUAACUGGAUGGAGAACGCGAGCUAGUUAUCGCUUCCUUUUGUUGAAUCAAUCGGGAAAAGUGCUCUACAGAGCAGCUGAAAUAUCAAGCUUGUUCGAUCUGCGAUAAAAUCCUAGCUUGGGGUAAUAGGACUCUGCCUCUUAGCAAGCUUAAAGAGGAAGGACAUCUAGAGAAUAACAAACUGAUCAUUAAAGUUGAAGUUAAAGCAGGUGAAGAAAGAUAUGUAACUGGCAAGGAGAUGUUUGAAAUCGAAGGUUUUGAGGUUCCUUCAAGUCAGGUUUUUUCUGUCAGCCAGCUUUUCAUGAAACACCCAGACAUUGCAAAUGAUUUCAAACUAAAUGGCAAAGGUCUGAAGACAGCAUACAUGAAUAUUGUCCUCAGCCUCAUCGAGACAUUGUGCAGGCCUCCACUUAGCUUUUCUGAGUCUGAGCUAAGCAACAUUGACAGCGAGUUGAGCGAGCUAAUAGAAGCGGGAUUUAAGCUGGAUUGGUUAAAGACAAAGCUUGAGGAGGUUUCCUUGGAGAGGAAGAAAGCAAUUGCUGAUAAUCUCGGAGUCCAAGAAUUGGAGGAACGCGUCAAGAAUAUGGAGCUGAGUUUGUCGGAUCUCAGAGUUGAACUUGAAAGUGAGAAGGCUCAAUCUGCUGCUGCUGCUUCUAAAAUGUUGUCGUUUUCCGACAUUAUUUGAUGCCAAAAUCAAAUUGAUGAGAGUAAAGAACACAAAAAUGUUUAGGAAAAAUUAGAAUAGACUCUCAUAAGAUUAAAGGUAUAAAUUACAUUCUCUUAUAUAGAGAUGAUGUUAAACUUCUUAAACUUAAUAUAUCAUA